UAUGACCACGACAACCCUCCCCCGCCCCAGCACACCCCCCUGCGCAAGCACAAGAAGAAGGGGCGCCAGGCCCGCGCCGCCAACAAGCAGUCGCCCAGCCCCUCCGAGACCUCCCAGUCGCCGGGCCGCGAGGUGAUGACCUACGCCCAGGCCCAACGCAUGGUGGAGGUGGACCUGCACGGCCGCGUCCAUCGCAUCAGCAUCUUCGAUAACCUAGAUGUGGUGUCGGAGGAUGAGGAGGUUCCCGAGGAGGUGCCCGAGAAUGGGAGCAAUAAGGAGAACACGGAGACCCAGAGCGUCCCGCCCAAAUCCGGCAAGCACAAGAACAAGGAGAAGCGCAAGGACUCCAACCACCAUCACCACAACGCCUCGGCCGGCACCACUCCCAAGCUCCCCGAGGUGGUGUAUCGGGAGCUGGAGCAGGACACCCCCGACGCCCCACCUCGCCCCACCUCUUACUACAGGUACAUCGAGAAGUCAGCAGAGGAGCUGGAUGAGGAGGUGGAGUACGACAUGGACGAGGAAGAUUACAUCUGGCUGGACAUUAUGAAUGAGCGGCGGAAGACCGAAGGCGUGAGUCCCAUUCCCCAGGAGAUCUUUGAGUACCUGAUGGACCGGCUGGAGAAGGAGUCCUACUUCGAGAGCCACAACAAGGGGGAUCCAAACGCCUUGGUGGAUGAGGAUGCUGUCUGUUGCAUCUGCAACGACGGCGAGUGUCAGAACAGCAACGUCAUCCUCUUCUGCGACAUGUGCAACCUGGCUGUGCAUCAGGAGUGCUACGGGGUGCCCUACAUCCCGGAGGGACAGUGGCUCUGCAGACGGUGCCUGCAGUCACCCUCGCGAGCCGUGGACUGCGCCCUCUGCCCAAACAAGGGGGGGGCCUUCAAGCAGACGGACGAUGGGCGCUGGGCACACGUGGUCUGUGCCCUCUGGAUCCCAGAGGUGUGCUUUGCCAACACCGUCUUCCUGGAGCCCAUCGACAGCAUCGAGCACAUCCCGCCCGCGCGCUGGAAGCUGACCUGUUACAUUUGCAAGCAGCGUGGCUCCGGGGCUUGCAUCCAGUGUCACAAAGCCAACUGCUACACCGCCUUCCACGUCACCUGCGCCCAGCAGGCCGGGCUGUACAUGAAAAUGGAGCCUGUCCGGGAGACGGGGGCCAACGGUACCUCCUUCAGCGUGCGCAAAACCGCCUACUGCGACAUCCACACGCCGCCGGGCUCUGUGCGCAGGCUUCCCGCCCUCUCCCACAGCGAGGGGGAAGAGGAGGACGAGGAGGAGGAGGAGGAGGGGAAGGGCUGGAGCUCCGAGAAAGUCAAAAAAGCAAAGGCCAAGUCUAGGAUCAAGAUGAAGAAGGCGCGGAAGAUCCUGGCGGAGAAACGAGCCGCAGCACCCGUGGUUUCUGUGCCCUGCAUCCCCCCGCACAGGCUCAGUAAGAUUACAAACCGUUUAACCAUCCAGAGGAAGAGCCAGUUCAUGCAGAGGCUGCACAGCUACUGGACUCUGAAGAGACAGUCCCGCAACGGUGUCCCUCUGCUCCGCCGCCUUCAGACACAUUUGCAGUCACAAAGAAACUGCGACCAGAGAGACACUGAGGAUAAGAACUGGGCCCUGAAGGAGCAGCUGAAGUCAUGGCAGCGCCUCCGCCAUGACCUAGAGCGUGCACGCUUGCUGGUGGAGCUGAUACGCAAGCGGGAGAAGCUCAAGAGAGAGACGAUCAAAGUGCAGCAAGUGGCACUGGAAAUGCAGCUGACCCCCUUCCUCAUCCUCCUCCGCAAGACGCUUGAGCAGCUGCAGGAGAAAGACACGGGCAACAUCUUCAGCGAGCCGGUCCCUCUGUCUGAGGUCCCAGACUACCUGGAUCACAUCAAGAAGCCGAUGGAUUUUCAGACAAUGAAACAAAACCUGGAAGCCUAUCGCUAUCUGAAUUUCGACGACUUUGAGGAGGAUUUCAACCUGAUUAUCAACAACUGUUUGAAAUACAAUGCCAAAGACACAAUCUUCUACCGGGCAGCCAUCCGUCUGCGGGAGCAGGGAGGCGCCGUUCUCCGGCAGGCUCGCCGGCAGGCAGAGAAGAUGGGCAUUGACUUUGAGACAGGCAUGCACUUCCCCCACUGUGUAACGGUGGAAGAGGCUCAGGUCCAAGAUAUCGAGGACGAAGAUGUGCGGCUGCUGCUCUCGGAGAAUCAGAAGCACCUGCCCUUGGAGGAGCAGCUGAAGAUCCUGCUGGAGCGGCUGGAUGAGGUCAAUGCUGGCAAGCAGAGCAUAGGACGGUCCCGCCGGGCCAAGAUGAUCAAGAAGGAGAUCACAGUCCUACGGCGGAAACUCGCUCACCCACGGGACUUGGGCCGAGAUGGGCUGGAGCGGCACGGCUCCUCUGCCAGAGGAGUCCUGCAGUCGCACAACCCCUGUGAGAAGGAUCUGCAGACAGACAGUGCUGCAGAAGAGAGCAGCAGCCAGGAGACUGGCAAAGGUCUGGGUCCCAAUUCUUCUUCCACCCCAGCACAUGAAGUUGGCAGGAGGACCUCAGUGCUCUUCUCCAAGAAGAACCCUAAAACUGCAGGCCCUCCAAAACGUCCAGGACGCCCCCCGAAGAAUCGAGACAGCCAGAUUGCUCCCGGGCACGGGAACAGCCCC